AACUUAUAAGGCAAACAAUUAAGGAAGUAGCAACAUUUUGACAUGAACAUGAUCAUGAUCCACAAAAUGGCAUCAUCAAAAAGAUCAUGUGUACGUGUCUUGUGUCUUAUAACUCUAACUAUUUUGUCGUGUCUUGCAUGGCCGGGAAUGGGAACGGGAACAAGAUCAUCGUCAUCUCCCACUGCCAGAUUGAUCUCCGAACAACUUUUCAACACUUUCUUCCUCCACAAGGACGACUCUGCCUGCCCCGCCAACACCUUCUACACCUACGACGCUUUCAUCACCGCCACCAAAUGCUUCCCCAGAUUCGCCUCCACAGGAAGCCUCUCUACCCGCAAGCGCGAGAUCGCCGCCUUUCUCGCCCAGAUCUCCCACGAGACCACCGGCGGCUGGCCCACCGCCCCUGAUGGGCCCUACUCGUGGGGCCUCUGUUUUAAGGAGGAGAUUAGCCCACAGAGCGACUACUGCGACUCCUCCAACACCCAGUGGCCCUGCUCCCCCGGAAAGUCCUACAAGGGCCGAGGCCCGAUUCAGCUCUCCUGGAACUACAACUACGGCCCAGCCGGCGAGGCCCUGCACUUCGACGGCCUCGGGAGCCCGGAAGUGGUGGCGAAUGACUCGGUGGUGGCCUUCAAGACGGCCAUUUGGUUUUGGAUGACGCCGCGGAGGCCGAAGCCGUCUUGCCACCAGGUCAUGGUGGGGGAAUAUGUUCCGACACGGGAUGAUGUGGCGGCUAACCGCACGGCCGGCUAUGGGCUGGUCACCAACAUCAUCAACGGCGGUCUCGAGUGCGGGAUUCCCAACGACGCACGUGUCAACGAUCGGAUUGGUUACUUCCGAAGAUAUGCUGGCCUCCUCAAUGUUGACACCGGACCUAAUUUAGAUUGUGAAAAUCAGAAACCUUUUUAGUUGAUCUCAUACUUGUUUCUUUACUUAUGUCAAAGUCAAAGAAAAAAACAAUAAUACGUAAGACCUCUUUUUA